AUGAUGUGGCUGUUUUUUACAACAACCUGUUUGAUUUGUGGGACUUUAAAUGCUGCUGGAAUCUUUGAAUUGGAAAAUAAAGUAAAUCCUGAAGUGUGGAUGAAUAUUAGUGAAAUCAUCACCUACAAUGGCUACCCCAGUGAAGAGUAUGAAGUCACCACUGAAGAUGGAUACAUACUACUUGUCAACAGAAUCCCCUACGGGCAAAGACAUGCCAGAAGCACAGUUCCCCGGCCAGUUGUGUACAUGCAGCACGCCCUGUUUGCAGACAAUGCCUACUGGCUUGAGAAUUUUGCCAAUGGAAGCCUUGGAUUCCUUCUAGCAGAUGCAGGUUACGAUGUAUGGAUGGGAAACAGUCGAGGGAACACUUGGUCGAGAAGACACAUAACACUCUCAGAGACCGAAGAGGAAUUCUGGGCCUUUAGUUUUGAUGAAAUGGCCAAAUACGAUCUCCCAGGAAUAGUAGAUUUCAUUGUAAAUAAAACUGGUCAGGAGAAGUUGUAUUUUAUCGGACAUUCCCUUGGCACUACAAUAGGGUUUGUAGCCUUUUCCACCAUCCCUGAACUGGCACAAAGAAUCAAAAUGAAUUUUGCCUUGGGUCCUGUGAUCUCAUUCAAAUAUCCCACAGGUGUUUUUACCAGCUUUUUCCUACUUCCAAAUUCCGUGAUCAAGGCUUCUUUUGGUACCAAAGGUGUCGCUUUAGAAGACAAAAAAAAGAUACCUUCCACCAAAAUCUGCAACAAUAAAAUACUCUGGCUGAUAUGUAGUGAAUUUUUGUCCUUAUGGGCUGGAUACAACAAGAAGAAUAUGAAUAUGAGUCGAAUGGACGUGUAUGUGUCACAUGCUCCCACUGGAACAUCCAUGCAGAACAUCCUGCACAUAAAACAGCUUUAUGGGUCUGAUGAAUUCAGAGCUUAUGACUGGGGAAGUGAAGCCGAGAACAUGCAUCACUACAAUCAGAGUCGCCCCCCACUAUAUGACUUGUCUGCUAUGAAAGUGCCUACUGCUAUUUGGGCUGGUGGACAAGACGUCCUUAUAACACCUCAAGAUGUGGCCAGGAUCCUCCCCCAAAUCAGGAAUCUUCGUUACUUUAAAUUACUGCCGGAUUGGAACCACUUUGAUUUUGUCUGGGGCCUCGAUGCCCCUCGACGGAUGUACAGGGACAUUAUAGCUUUAAUGAAGGCAUAUCUCUAA